CUACUAGCUAGCUAGGUCUCGUUUUCAACCCUCGCUCGCUCGCCCGGCCCGCACCUUUCCUCUCUUCCUCCUCACCGCAUUCGCAUCUCCGGAUCCCCUCCCCCGCCGCGCCGCCAUUCCCGCCGCCUCGAUCUCGCCCCUCCUGAUUCAACGAGGAAUGCCGCUAGGACGCGAGCUGCCACGCGGCUAAUCUCCUCUCACGCCGCUGGGAGCCCUCUCUCUCUCGCCGACCUAGAGGGAUCCCGUCGCGGCUGCACCACCCCCUCGUCCCCAUCUCCCCUGGUAGUAGAGCCACCACCAGCAUCCCCGUUCUUCUAGGGUUUGCUCGGGGGACGCCCUCCCCGAUCUCCUCGUCCCCGCUCGCCUCUUCCUCCUCACGCUCGCCCGCCCGCCCGCUUCGUCUGGCCCCACGGCGGCAAGAGGGUCUUCGUCACCGGCAACUUCACCAGUAGGUGAUCAAGUUUCUGAUUACCUUUGGCCCUUCGGAAAUCAAUUGAUUGCCCACUACUGAGAAUUUCGAGCACAUUCGACGACAAAUCCUCAUUCCUAUGAAAUGUCACUGCUUAGUAGAUUUUUCUACAAGCGGCCUCCCGAUGGAUUACUGGAGUUCAUUGACAGGAUCUACGUUUUUGAUUCAUGCUUCUGCACUGAAGUUUUGCCGCAUGGAAUGUACCCUGUCUAUUUGAAUGGGAUCAUUACAGAGUUGCAUGAAGAACACACAGAGUCUUCUUUUCUGGCGAUUAACUUCAGAGAUGGGGAUAAGAGAAGCCAGCUUGCUGAUAUCCUACAUGAAUACGAAAUUCCAGUAAUUGACUACCCGCGUCAUUUUGAAGGCUGCCCAGUGCUCCCUCUAUCUCUUAUCCACCAUUUCCUUCGUGUCUGUGAACACUGGCUAUCUACUGGGAACAGCCAAAAUAUUAUACUGCUCCACUGUGAGAGAGGGGGCUGGCCAUCAUUGGCAUUUCUGUUAUCUUGUUUCCUUAUUUUCAAGAAGUUGCACGGCGCAGAACAUAAAACUCUAGACAUUGUUUAUCGUGAGGCGCCUAAAGGGUUCCUGCAGCUUUUUUCUGCACUCAACCCAAUGCCCUCUCAGCUCCGAUAUAUGCAAUAUGUAGCCAGAAGAAACAUUUCUCCAGAGUGGCCUCCAUUGGAGCGGGCACUCUCUUUGGAUUGUCUGAUUCUCCGAGCCAUUCCAAAUUUCGAUUCUGAUAAUGGAUGCAGGCCAUUGGUCCGCAUUUUCGGUCGAAAUCUUCUUGGCAAGAAUGCUAGCAUGACCGACAUGAUUUUUUCAAUGCCUAAGAAGAAGUCCUUGCGCCACUAUCGGCAGGAGGACUGUGACGUGAUAAAAAUUGAUAUCCAGUGUCCGGUCCAGGGAGAUGUUGUUCUGGAGUGUGUGCAUCUUGAUCUUGAUCCAGAAAAGGAAGUUAUGAUGUUCCGGAUAAUGUUCAAUACUGCUUUUAUUCGUUCAAAUGUACUGAUGCUGAAUAGUGAUGAUGUUGAUAUACUAUGGGGUUCAAAAGAUCGAUACCCGAGGAGUUUUAGAGCAGAGGUGCUGUUUUGUGAAAUUGGAGGCAUCUCUCCUCCAAGGGCUCCAACAGCAACAUUGAAUGGUGAUAUGAAAGGUGGUUUACCAAUUGAAGCCUUUUCAGCUGUUCAAGAACUCUUCAAUGGCGUUGAAUGGAUGGAAAGCAGUGACAAUGCUGCCUUUUGGUUGCUCAAAGAAUUCUCAGCAAACUCGCUCCAAGAUAAAUUUCAAAAACUAAUACUGAGCGACAUGAAAGAGCUCUCAAAGUUCCAAGCUAAAGUUGGUCUGCAGAUGCCACUGAUGUCCCCACUAGAUUCUGAUGAAGAAAAAUAUUCCGUGGCUUCUGAUUCUGUUUCUUCAACUGAUUAUGAGAAGGAUCGUGCUCUAACCACUGAAGAUUCUGAAUCUAUCGCUACUUCCUCAGUGAACGCUUCAUCUCCAUCUCCUCCACGUGGCCGAUCUUCUAGCCUUUCAACUGAACAAAGCCUGCUGCCAGCAGAAUUACAGCAGGAGUUACCAAGUACCAGGCAGCUGCCGCAAUCAUCAGCAGAAAAUGGAGAUAAACGUGUAAUAUCUGCACUGGUGCCACCACCAGCCACCGCAAAUGGAAGCGAACCUGUUUUCUUGGCACCGCCGCCGUCACCACCACCACCACCACCACCACCACCACCACCACCACCAAGUGGCAGCAAACCUGUUUUCUCGCCACCGCCGCCGCCGCCACCACCGCCACCACCAAGUGGCAGCAAACCUGCUUUCUCACCGUCGCCGCCACCACCGCCACCACCACCGCCACCACCAAGUGGCAGCAAACCUGCUUUCUCACCGCCGCCGCCACCACCACCACUACCUCAGAGUAGCAACUUAUCUUCUCCACAGCUUCCACCUGCUCCACCUCCGCCACCCCUACCAAAUUCUCGAACAGGAACACUUAUAUCUGCACCGGCACCGCAGCCACAGCAAAAUGUUCUUUUUCAUCCAGUACCACCACCUCCAUCCCAAGCUAACGGAAUAGCUAAGAAAUGCCCUCCGCCUCCUCCACCCCCACCCCGCCCCCCUCCCUCUUCUAACAGAGCACCUACAACUGCUGCUGGCACUCUGUCCAAAGGACCACCUCCUCCACCCCCACCUCCACCUCCACCUGGUGCUCAUUGCCCACCGCCACCUCCACCUCCACCUGGUGCUCAUUGCCCACCGCCACCUCCACCUCCACCUCCACCGUUGCCAGCAGGCGCUAUUCAAAGAACUCCAGCGCCACCACCUCCUCCCCUGAUGACAGGGAAGAAAGCUCCUGCACCGCCACCCCCACCACCUCAAGCACCAAAACCUCCUGAAACUGUACCCCCUCCAAGCUCAAAGAUCUCAAACGCACCUGCACCACCCCCAUUAUUGGGAAGGGGAAGAGCAGCAACUGGAUCAGGAAAAGGUCGUGGCAUUGGAUUGGCGCAUCAAAGUAACCCCCCAAAGAAAGCUUCCUUAAAGCCUUUGCACUGGGUGAAAGUUACACGCGCAAUGCAAGGAAGUCUCUGGGCGGAUGCACAGAAUCAAGGAAGUCAGGCUAGGGCUCCUGACAUUGAUUUAUCUGAGUUGGAGACCUUGUUCUCCACUGCUGUUGCAACCAAUGCAAGUGAGAAAGGAGGAACAAAGCGUGCCUCAGCUGUUAGCAAGCCAGAAAUUGUUCACCUGGUUGAUAUGAGAAGAGCAAAUAAUUGUGAGAUCAUGCUUACGAAAAUCAAAAUGCCCCUUCCUGAUAUGAUUAGGGCGAUCUUGGCUUUAGAUACUUCUGUUCUUGAUAAUGACCAAGUGGAGAAUCUCAUUAAGUUUUGCCCUACAAAUGAAGAAAUCGAGAUGUUGAAGAACUAUAACGGCAACAAAGAAAUGCUUGGAAAAUGUGAACAGUUUUUCCUGGAGCUAAUGAAAGUUCCCCGCGUGGAGUCCAAACUAAGAGUUUUUGCUUUCAGAAUUGCAUUCACGACACAGACGGAUGAGCUAAGAACUAAUUUAACCACCAUAAAUGAUGCAACAAAAGAGGUGAAAGAGUCUCUGAAGUUACGGCAGAUAAUGCAGACCAUUCUCACAUUAGGGAAUGCAUUGAAUCAAGGAACAGCUCGAGGUUCUGCUGUUGGCUUCAGAUUAGACAGUCUUCUUAAACUAUCGGAUACUCGAGCUAGGAACAAUAAGAUGACACUAAUGCAUUAUUUAUGCAAGCUUCUCGCUGAAAAGUUGCCUGAGCUUCUUGAUUUUGACAAAGACUUGAUUCAUCUGGAAGCAGCUUCUAAGAUCCAGUUGAAGUUGCUUGCUGAAGAAAUGCAAGCAAUAAACAAAGGUCUUGAGAAGGUCGAGCAAGAAUUAGCUGCUUCAGUGAAUGAUGGUGCAAUAUCUAUUGGCUUCCGUAAGGCAUUGAAAAGCUUUCUUGACUCAGCAGAAGCUGUGGUUAGGUCCCUCAUUUCCUUGUAUGCAGAAGUGGGAAGAAAUGCUGAUUCCCUAGCUCAGUAUUUUGGUGAAGAUCCAGCCCGCUGCCCUUUUGAGCAAGUUACAUCGAUUUUGGUUAUAUUUGUGAAUAUGUUCAAGAAAUCACGUGAUGAAAAUACUCGAAAUGCGGAAGCUGAAAAAAAGAAAUUGGAAAAGGCGGCCAUAAAAUGAUUGGAGUGAGGAUAUAUCUACGCCAAUAUUCCAUCACCGUGCGGUCGGACCAUGUUUGGUCCCACUGAACAGCUGCAGCAGAAUCGACGUGCAGGCUGCUUUUUGAUGCUCAAUACAGUAUAUAUGCAGAGGUGUAAUGUCAGAAGGCUCGCUGGGUGAGCAUCAUCCACUAAAAUGGUUGCUCUCAGAUUACAAGCUAUGGAACUUUUUGUGAUAAGUCACCAGCAGGGAUGAGAGGUCUUCAUGCCGCUGUAGUGUUGUUGUACAUAUAGCAGUUGCCGAUAUAUAGCUGUCUUGUAUGUACAUAAAGUUAGCGCAAGUGGAAACAAAAGCAAAAUGCAUCGUUGUAAAAUUCUCUUGUAUUAUCAACAGCCCCAUUUUCUCAUACAAUGUACUGUGCAUUUAGGCAAUUCUUGUACCCUCCUGAGGGUGGUUUCUGGUGAAAUAGGGUUCAAUUUAUCAAUAAAAAAUAUCUAGAAAAUGUUUACCAAUA